AUGGCCUCACAGACAACAGUCCCCAUCACCACCAAGCCUGCAGCAGGCCAGAUGGUCGAGCACGAGGGCAAGACGUACGAGACCAUACGGGAAGGUCAAGCAUACAUUCUAAUCCCGCCAAACACGCAGAAGCACGUCAACCCGCAAGCCAAAGCCAAAAAUGACGAUCCAGUCUUCUACAAUCCAAUUCACCAAUUCAAUCGCGAUCUGAGUGUUCUCGCAAUCAAAGCUUUUGGUGAGGACUGGCUACAGCGGCGGAAGGCACAAUUGGAGAAGACGCGACAAAAGAGUCAGAAUAAGAAGGCCAGGAAAGAACAGAAAGAUGGCAACUCGAAAAAGCGCAAUGCGGGAGACGCUGAGACGCCACCGACCAACGACGAUGAUGCUGUGAAGAGACGAAAGUUGGAAGAUGGCACAGCGGUGUCCGCGACAGAUGAUGCACAGCCAGCUCAAGUCAAACCUAAUGGCCAUGCCGCCACGAAUGGUCACACCUCAAAGCCGACAGGACCACGGUUUCGGAUUUUGGAUGCUCUGUCUGCGACUGGUCUGCGUGCACUGCGAUACGCCAAGGAGAUUCCAUUUGUGACUGCCGUCGUGGCUAACGACAUGAAUUCGAAUGCCAUCACCAGCAUGAAGAUGAAUGUUCAGCACAACGACCUCACAGAACAGAUCACUCCGAACUUGGGAGACGCCAUCGGUCACAUGUAUACUGUCGCUUACCCUCCUACACACUCUCAUGGUCCGAAGCAUGUCAGUCAAAAGUACGAUGUGAUUGAUCUAGACCCAUAUGGCACAGCGGCGCCUUUCAUUGAUGCAGCCUUGCAAGCUAUCAAUGAUGGCGGCUUGCUGUGUGUAACAUGCACCGACUCUGGUGUCUUCGCCAGUCUUGGCUACUGCGAGAAGACAUUCGCGCUUUACGGAGGCAUGCCUAUCAAAGGCUCACACAUGCACGAAGGUGGUCUGCGACUCAUCAUCAACUCAGUGGCAAGCGCUGCCGCCAGACACGGCAUGGCCAUCGAGCCACUUCUUUCCCUGAGCAUCGACUUCUAUGCUCGUGUCUUUAUUCGUGUUCGAAAGAGCCCGGCAGACGUCAAGUUUCUCGCUGGUAAGACCAUGCUUGUGUACGCCUGCGACAGUGGGUGUGGUGCUUGGUCCACGAAUAUGAUUGGUCGAAAUACCGAGCAGGCGGCGAAGAAUGGCACAGUAUGGUACAAGCAUACUAUUGCGCAAGGUCCAGGUGUCGAUCGACUUUGCGAGCAUUGUGGCAGCAAGUCACACAUCGCCGGACCGAUGUGGGGCGGACCUAUCCACAACGCAGCGUUCAUACAAAAGGUAUUGGAGGACCUCGAAAGUGCAGAUCCAAAGGUCUACGAGACCAAGGCACGAGUUGAGGGCAUGCUUACCACUGCCUUGGACGAGCUUUCUGUCAACAGGGAGGUCACCACGUACAUCCCUGCUCAUAAGCGCAAAGACGGCGACGAAAUGAUUCCAAAAGUGCCGCCGGAAGCAAUCGAUUUGCAUCCAUUCUUCUUCAACCCUUCUGCCCUGUCGAAGGUCAUUCACUGCGUUGCGCCUGGGAUUGUAGCAGUACGUGGUGCGCUUCGAGGCCUGGGUUACAUCGCCACCCGAAGUCAUUGUCAGGCUGGCAGUAUCAAGACCGACGCCCCAUGGAGUGAUAUCUGGCGAGUUAUGCGGGAGUGGGUUCGACAGAAGCAGCCUAUCAAGGAAGGUGCCCUCAAAGAGACGCAAGCUGGCUGGAAGAUUUUGAAUUCUGCUCAGGCAAAGGACGAGAUUACCACCAAGGAUGAGCCACGCAGCGAUGAUGCUUCACCCGAUAUUGUCACUGUAGGCCAGCGGCAGAAUGAUGGCGCUGACCCGUCACAAAAGAAAAUCAUCUUCAAUGAGUUGCUGGGCAAAGACGCAUCGACCAAGAAGCUCGUGCGAUACCAGCAGAACCCUAGAGAGAACUGGGGCCCAAUGACCAAGGCUAAAGGAAGUGGAUGAACGCCGGUCGUAUACACGGCUUCGCUAUUCAUGCGACAUCGCUUGCGGAGGAACUCAGUAUCCCAAAUGAUCCUGGUUCGCUAGAGGACCUGCGACCUGCACUCGUCUUCCUGCAGUUUAAUUGCAGCGAGUCUCCUCGCGUUUUUACAUUGAAAGAUUUCAAAGACUCAGUGAUCCCCGGAGCGUGCCGCGCCCAUAGAUCAAGCCACCUCAGCGUGCAUGUACGAUCUCAAAAGUUCUAUUUCACCCGGAUUAACCCACCAGCCACCGAAACACUAGCGGUCGCUUCAACCGCCUUCAGGCUUGAAGCACGCUGCGUGGCAGUCAUGGGGCUUCAAGCCAGGUAUGGUUCUGGAGUCUCACCGUCUGCUCGGAAAGUGUGCACGCGUGCAUCACAGAGAGUAAAGGUGCGAUGGCCGCUCCGACAUUGUCAGUGUGUCCGAUUUGCUAAGGAGGGCUAUUGCGACAUCCAUGCCGUCUUGAUAGUGACAUCCAAGCACAUGAAUCAACCGUGCAGAGAGGGAUGAUUCGAACAAUUGUGGUGUAGACGCGUUGAACCGGCUUGGACUGUCGGUGGAUUGGCUAGCACUGAGGGUAUCACGGUGGAUUUUCAGGCGGUUCGAGUUGCACGAAGGGUUUGAAGAGCAUGACACUGCAUACUAUGUGUUACGAAGGCGUCGUUCAUCUAAAAACGAGUGUUCUCACAGGAUCUUCUCCAGACCGAGGCCUGUACGUAAAGACGUCCAGCUCCGGACUUCACCAAC